AGACCAUGACGUCAUAAGUUUUUCUCUAGAAACUUGUGCAAUUUUGUUUUCUGGUGCAUGACAAAGAUUUCCAGUCAAAAAUCCAGGAUGAGGAAACGUGUUAGCGUGAAAAAUCUCAAUGUACCUAUAAAUCCAAGUGAUAUAUUGUCCUGUGAGGAAAAACAUCAGGAUCUCAUGUAUAGAAUCCAAAAAUCUCUCUACUAUGGAGGCUUCCAGAUGCUGCCGGAGCUGGAGAACAUCAGUGGACCUCUGUGUGACCUGGCGGCUGGUAUCUUUUCCAGCUGCCAUCGAGGUUAUUCGCUUCAGAGGCUCAAUGCCGUGACUGUUGGGAAGAUUCGUUCGACGCCGUUUCCUCUGAUCAUGAGCCUGGUAUAUCUGGAUUUGCUGCAGGAACUGGAUCCGACAUUUGUGCAGAGUGUCACUCCAACGGAAUUGUUUGUGUGUGUCAUGUUGAUUGCCACGAAAUUCUACUGUGGAUACGACGAAGAGAUCUGCCUGAGUCAUUGGGCUAAGUAUGCCAAAGUAACUGUGGAAAGACUGAAAAAGAUGGAACUGGAGUUGCUCAAAGCUCUCGACUGGAGGAUUUACAUAUCGCACGAGACGUUCUUCCGCAAGCUCUGCCUGAUUGAGAAUCUCCUGGCGCAGCAACAGGGCUUCCGGAGAGGCUGGUUCACUUACACCGAACUCACCCUGCUGAUGCCUUCGAAUGUCCUCUCCCUGGAAAUCAUAAGUCUGACCUCAAUCCUAGCGCUGUGCUAUGUGGUUGCCUUGGCAGCCAUUGCUAGUGCCUUCCUGGUUGUCCAUCACAUUCCCGGAACCAUCUUCUACCAUCACACUUACCCAGGAAUCACGGAUACCCUCUCUGCUCCAUCCCAUUGCCUUCCGAUGCUCGAUUUCAUUGCAACUCGCUGCAUCCCGUGCGACCAAGCCGUCGUGGAGAAAGCAGCCUAUUCCCUCUUCCUGCACGAGAGCUAAUGCCCAGAACCCCCGUCACAAAAUUCCCUUGGACAGACUCCAACCCAAUUUUACGAAAUAAAUCGACUUAAAACACUCUCAAAA